UUUUUGAAGAUCUAGAAUAUCUUGUGAGAGGAAAUACCUGAGACUCAGAGGAUGGAUUCAGAACUGGCGGAGUUGUAUGACGAACAUUCCAGCUUGCAGUACCACUAUGGCCGACAGUUGUAUCACAACCAUAUCUCCGUCGUGUCGGGACAGAGUAUUCUUGAUCUCGGCUGUGGCACAGGACGACUGGCAAGAGAGUUAGCAUCCCGAGUGGGUGAAGAUGGUAGUGUUAUUGCCAUAGAUCCGAACUGUGAACGAAUCCGUGUGGCAGAGCUAGAACUGCAGUGCGCCCCGGUUAAGUACAGGAACCUUCACUUCAUCACGGGAGUUGUUACCGAUGCAGCGAAGUACGGUCCUUUCGAUUGGAUUUUUGCCAAUUUCGUCCUGCAUUGGGUACCAGAGCAGGAUCUCUGCGAAACAAUGGCCAGUAUUCAUGAAUGCUUGAAGCCCGGAGGUUCACUGUGUACCAACAUAUCGUUGACGACGGGUCAGUACGCGUCAGGAAUUUCAAUGAUCGUCUAUGGAAAGAGAGAAGAAGAAGUGAUGGGUGUGAACUUGCGCUCCCUGGCUUACUGGAAAAAUCAAUGCUUAGAAGCCGGGUUGGAUGUUGCUCACAGUCUUCAAGAUGACAGAGCGCGAAAUGUAUUCACCAGUACAAGGGAGUAUUUCGACUUCCUCAGAGCCUACACAGAAGGCGCACUGGAUGUGGAUGAUCUCACGACCAGUCAACUUCAGACAUAUAUGUCUGAGCAUGACAUUUCUAGCUUGGAUGAUCAGCUGGUGUUGAAGAGCAGCAUGCUCAGUAUUGUAGCAAAGAGAAAACAAGAUGGAACACGUCGCUCUAGACGUGUGAAGAAAUCCUACAAUCACCUCAAGAUCUUUCAUCCGGAGCUCACGAGUGAAGUAUUGAAAGGUCAACGGCGUAAGAUGCAGAGAUUCAACACCAUAGACAUGCCCAAUGACCAGGUCGAAAAGGUCAUAGUGGAAGGUGAGGUACAAAUGGAAACUGAUACAGAGGCACUGCAGCAUACUGCGACACACAAGAUGGCCGCCAUCAACCGACGACUUCACAGAUCUCUCACCUUAGCCAUCCCUGAACAGGCUGAAGAAUAGAGAGUGCGGGGCCGUUUACGACAUGCACAGCCACUUGCGCAACUACGUGCACAACCACAUUCACAACCACGUGUUGAAUGUAGAAGGAAACUGAGUUCGCACUUAGCACAGCUCCAUCAACAGUAUAAUAAUAUAUUCAAUUUGAAAAUCUAGAUACAAUGUAUAAGAUUCCAAGCCUCUAACAGGUACUUCUCUGACUUUGUCUCUCUGUCUCUCUCGCUCUCUCUCUCUCUCUCUCUCUCUCUCUCUCUCUCGCGCUCUCUCUUUCUCUCUCUCUCUCUCUCUCCAAGAGGUGUCUGGAUUAGCUCGACUUGGAAGGUGAUAUGCUGCAUACACAUUGUCAAUGCAUUGCCAACUUACACACGCAAUCAUCUACUUCGAGAACUGAAAUAAUAAGUGGAAUUCUAAGAAAGUCUUAGUGCUCCAAACUCAG